CUCGCUCGCGUCACUUCCGGGCCCGGGCCCGGAAUGGCGGCCGCCGCACGCGGGGACCUAAGGGGAUCGGUGUGGAGCUGCUGGCGUGGAGAUGGGUCGGCGGAGAGCGCCGGGGAGCGGGUCGCUGGGCCGCACGCUGGUCCGCCGUCAGACCCAGAGGAGCCACGGCCACCGGCAUGCUGACUCCUGGUUGCACACCAGUGAGCUCAACGAUGGCUAUGAUUGGGGUCGUCUGAAUCUUCAGUCGGUGACAGAGCAGAGCUCGCUUGAUGACUUCCUGGCGACUGCAGAACUCGCAGGAACAGAGUUCAUAGCUGAGAAGCUUAAUAUUAAGUUUGUGCUACCUGAGGCUAGGGCUGGACUCCUGUCAUUUGAAGAGAGCCAGAGAAUUAAGAAACUCCACGAGGAGAACAGACAGUUCUUGUGUAUCCCACGGAGGCCCAAGUGGGACAAAAACACUAGCCCGGAAGAACUCAAACAGGCAGAGAAAGAUAACUUCCUCAAAUGGAGGCGUCAGCUUGUCCGGCUAGAAGAGGAACAAAAGCUGAUACUGACUCCAUUUGAGCGGAAUUUGGACUUCUGGCGCCAGCUCUGGAGGGUCAUUGAGAGAAGUGAUAUUGUGGUCCAGAUAGUAGAUGCUCGAAACCCCCUCCUGUUCAGAUGUGAGGAUCUGGAAUGCUACGUGAAAGAAGUGGAUGCCAGUAAGGAGAACAUUAUUCUCAUAAACAAGGCAGACUUGCUGACUGCCGAGCAGCGCAGUGCCUGGGCUUCGUACUUUGAAAAAGAAGAUGUGCAGGUUAUCUUCUGGUCAGCCUUGGCGGGAACCAUUCAGCUGAAUGGGGACUCUAAGGAACAAAUAAACAGAGUUCCUGGAGAGACCCACAUAGCUGAGUCUGAAGACUCUAGCUGUGAUGAGACUGAACGGCUCCAGAUCAGGGACGUGCUCCCCCUCAGUGAAGAGUCUGCUAGUGAUGAAGAUGACAGUGAAUAUGAGGACUGCCAGGAGGAGGAGCAGGAGGACUGGCAGACGUGUUCAGAAGAAGACAGCAGCCCUGAGGAAGAGGCCUGUAGUAGGGACUGCCAGGGAGACUGUGCUGUGGGUUCGGAGGCUCAGAGCAGCAGCACCCCACCAAGGAGACAGAUACACAAUUCCAGUCACCUGGUGUCAAAACAGGAACUGCUGGAACUCUUCAAGCAGCUACACAUUGGAAAGAAGGUGAAGGAUGGACAGCUCACUGUUGGAUUGGUGGGAUACCCUAAUGUUGGUAAAAGUUCAACCAUUAACACCAUCAUGGGCAACAAGAAGGUGUCUGUGUCUGCCACCCCUGGUCACACCAAGCACUUUCAGACUCUCUAUGUGGAGCCCAGCCUCUGCUUGUGUGACUGCCCCGGCCUGGUGAUGCCAUCGUUUGUGUCCACAAAAGCGGAGAUGAUUUGCAGUGGCAUCCUGCCCAUCGACCAGAUGAGGGAUCAUGUCCCGCCAGUGUCACUGGUCUGCCAGAACAUUCCAAGGCAUGUUUUGGAAGCUACUUACGGCAUUAACAUCGUCAAGCCACGAGAGGACGACGAUCCCCAUCGACCUCCAACGUCAGAAGAGCUGUUGAUGGCUUACGGACACAUUCGAGGGUUCAUGACGGCCCACGGACAGCCAGACCAGCCUCGAUCGGCGCGCUAUAUCCUGAAGGACUACGUCAGCGGAAAGCUGCUGUACUGUCACCCUCCCCCAGGGAGAGACCCUGUGCUGUUUCAGCAUCAACAUCAGCGACUGCUGGAAGCCAGAACCAAUGCCGUAGAAAUGAAGAUGCAACCGGGUGGAAAGAAGACAGCAAACCAGAUCGAGAAUGUAGUUGACAAGACAUUUUUCCACCAAGAGAACGUGCGAGCCUUGACCAAGGGCGUCCAGGCUGUGAUGGGUUACAAGCCCGGGAGCGGCAUGGUGCCUGCAGCUGCUGCCGCAAGCUCCGAGAAUGGGGUUGGCAAGCCCUGGAAAAAGCACGGCAACAGGAACAAAAAAGAGAAAAGUCGCAGGCUCUACAAGCACCUGGAUAUGUGACCCCGG